CUCACGUGAGGUGAACCAAUUGAAAACAACAACAAGAACUCGAAUAAAUGUCACACAUUCAAGUUUUGGUUUCAUAAGUUACAUUUCGUAUUAUAUAGCUUAGCAAGUCAAGGUAUAUUUAUGUGUGUCUAAAUGUCUGUCUAUUUUACUGGUUAGUCUUCGCAAGGUUUAAAGGAACUUCGAGUCUUCAGUGUCAGUGAAUCGGUUUUAUAGAUCAGCUGUGAUGUCCAGGUACCAGAAGCUGACUGAAGAUACUGCCGCUGAUGUGGAGCACAGUAUUCCACCACCGCAAUGUCGAGAACAUGACAACACACGCCCUGACAGUCCACACAUGGUAUCUGGUAGUCUGCAGGGGACGCCUGAUCCACCCUUUUAUGCAGAUGCCCACUUGUAUGAAGGAAGACUUCAGCGGCAUGUUGGUGAUGGUGAUGAUGAUGAUGACCACAUUGGCAGCAUACAGUACCCAAGUGUUGCAGCCCAUGAUGACGAGCCACUGUUCUCCAAACAUGUCCCUCUGCUGCUCAAAUGGCCAUUCUAUUACGGCAUCAUUGAGAUCGUCUUGGGAUUUUUAACUGUGCUUUUCAGUGUUGCCUAUAUCUUCAUGGUACAAGACUGGACCUCGACUGUAGACACUGUCCGUGUGUUCAACUCCUCCAACAGCUAUGGGGCCAUGCUCUGGUCAGGGGUUGUGUUAAUAUUGGCUGGCAGUUUGGCUGUAAGAAUAUGCAAGACAAAGAGCAGAAAAAAUAUUAUUCUUUUCUAUAUUUUCACAUUACUGGGUACACUGCUGAAUCUGUCUUUGUCCAUCCUCACCAUAAGUUGUCUACUGUCUACAAACAAUACAAAUACCAAGUACGUGGCACUGUAUGGGCUCUCCAUAGUGUGUUGUAACCUGGGCUACAUACCACUACUUGUGACAGCUAUCAAGUACCUGCUGCCGGUGUGUCUGGGGCGGGUCAGGCUUGGCCACGCCCUGCUCGUCUGUUGGCUGCCAUGCUGCUUUUCACCGGAUUUAGAAAGCAAUAAGGACAAGGAAACUACAUUGAUAUGAACAUUGAGAGUCCUAGCCACAUUGCCACCACUGUGCUCACCAGUCACUAUGACGACAUGGAGUGCCUCGUCAUAUGAUACUCGCCUACAUGUAGGACACUACCAUUAGACGUCUUGUGAACAAAAUGAGAACGAUGGAACUCAUUAAUUGUGAUUCUUAUGAGUUGCUUUUUUUCUAUAUUCAAAGAAUACAAAUAUCAUUUUUAUUUUCCUGUUUUAAUAACAUGGCAUACUAAGGGAACACUUGUGUUGGGGAGUGGAUGGGCAAGUGGUGUCCAGGUACAUGAUGGUGGCUCAAUAUUUCAAAAAGUUUUAAUUGGAUUAUGGUUUAAUUUGGUGAUUAUGUUUGUGGGCAUGAUCUCUGGGCUAAGUUUGAUUUCCAGACAGAUCUCAUGAAGAAUGUUAGAAUUAUGGCCCUUGAAUUAUAAAAAUGUGCAAAGAAAACCUUGUCCACUCUGUCCGCUCCCUAACUCAGACAGUUUUUAUGGAAUUAUCCAUAAAUUUGGUGACAAUGUUUAUAGUAAUAAUAUCUUGACCAUGCUUGAUAACCAGCCUAAUCACUUAAUGCGCUUUUAUAAUUAUGGCCCUUGGAUUAUCCUAAUUUAACAAACUAAUGUCUGCUCUCUAAUAAGUGGUUUGCAUUUAAUAACUGCAAAAAAAUGAAAUGCAAACCAAAGCUCCCAGUGUAACGUUUAAAAUAAACUCUGCUUUAAAUGUUUUAUCUUUAUUCAAUGUUAACCUAUAGUCAGUAAGGAUUACAAAGAAAAUUAAUUCUAAUGUGUUUGUGCAAUCAAUUAUGAAAAUUUUGGCAAGUGUAAGUUCGUAUAAAGGUAAGGUAAUAUACAUGGCCUCUUUUGGUGAAGCUGUAUUUUGGGAACUAGGUUUGCCUGGGUGAAACAUUAGAAUGACAGUGGUUGUGCUUAAAUUAAGAUUGUUUUAAAUUAUGUGUACACUUAACUUUUUCAUUGCGCUCAAGAUAUUUAUAUUUUUGAUAAAAAUAGUCUUUCUUUUUUUGCUGUGCACAAUAUUAUUCAUUCAGAUAUACAUGAAUUCAUGGUGCAAAUUGUUCCAUGUGAAUUAUAGAAAUUAGCUCCACUGCAUUAUACAUAUAACUUGUCUGUGUUACUGUACUCAAAUCUUUAAUGUUUAUAUUAUGUGUUAUUUGUAAUGCAAUUUGUUUAGCUCACCUGAUUGCUCAGGUGAGCUUUUGUGACCGGUCUUUGUCUGUCGUAUGUCCGUCCUUCCGUCCAUCCGUUAACAUUUGUUCGUAAACACUCUAGAGGCCACAUUUAUUGUCCGAUCUUCAUGAAACUUGGUCAGAAGCAUCGUCCAAAUGAAAUCUUGGUUGAGUUCGAAACUGGGUAGUGCCGGGUCAAAAACUAGGUCACUAGGUCAAAAAAAAGAAAAAACUUGUAAACACUGUAGAAGUCACAUUUCAUGCCCAAUCUUCAUGUAACUUUGUCAAAAUGUUUGUCUUAAUGAUAUGUUGGUUGAGUUCAAAAGUGGUUCCGGUCCGUUGAAAAACAUGGCCGCCAGUGGGUGGGCAGUUUUCCUUAUUUGGCUAUAGAGAAACCUUGUUAACACUCUGGAAGUCACAAUUUUUGCCCAAUCAUCAUGAAAAUUGGUCAAAACAUUGGUUUUAUUGAUAUGUCGGACGAGUUCGAAAAUGGUCUCAAUCGGUGAAAAACAUGGCCGCCAGUGGGCGGGGCAUUUUUCUCUAUAUGUAUAUAGUGAAAACAUGUCAACACUCUAGAAGUUACAGUUUUGGCCCAAUUUUCAUGAAAUUUGGUCAGAACAUUUGUUUCCUUGAUACAAGAGUAGAGUUGGAAAAUGGUUCCGGUCAGUUGAAUAACAUGGCUGCCGGGGGGGGGGGGAAGUUUUCUUAUAUUUAUAUAGUAAAAAAAAGCUUGUGAACACUCUAGAAGUCACAUUUUUUGCCCAAUCAUCAUGAAACUUGGUGAAUAGAUUUGUUUUAUAUAUAUAUCUCAGAUGAGUUUGCAAAUGGUCCCGAUGGGUUAAUAAACAUGGCUGCCAGGGUGGUGGGGCAGUUUUCCUUAUGUGACUAUAUAGAGAGAAACCUUGUGAUCGAACACUGUAGAAGUCACAUUUUUUGCCUAAUCAUCGUGACACUUAGUCAAUACAUGGGUUUCAUUGAUUUCUUUUGGAACAAGUUGGAAAAUGGCUCAGAUCGGUGAAACACACUUUUUAGCUCACCUGAUUGCUCAGGUGAGGUUUUAGGAUUGGUCUUUGUCCGCUGUCCGUCCGUCCACAUUUGGUUUGUAAACACUCUAUUAUUCACAUUUCUCAAGCAUUCUUUAUCAAAGUUGCUGAAAGAUCUUAGUCAAGUUUGAUGAUGAGCAAAAUCACAUAAUUAAUGCCAUAAUUAUUGCCCUUAGAUUGUCCAAAUUUUUAUUAUAUUAUAUAAAAUCCUUGUAAGCAAAGUUUAAUGUUUGAUGUUUGGGGGGACAUCUCAAAAUAUAGGUAACCAUUUCAAAUCUUACAAAAGCAAAAACACUCCCUACGCCAGAGCUUUGGUUCAAUAAUGAUGAAACUUGACCAGGAUGUUUGUCUGGUCAAUAUCUAGGUCAUGUUUGACAUUAAGUAAAGAUUGAAUGAACCGACUCAUCUCAGGUGAGCGAACUAGGGCCAUCUUGGCCCUCUUGUUUAUGUAAUUAUAAUUUUUUCAACUGCUUAAUGAAUCGUUUUUUUGUUUUGACUUAUCAGUCCUGUAUUUACCAAGCUUAACCAAUAUUUUCUUGACAGAGUACUUUUAUGACCUAAUUGUUUUUGUCUCUUCUUUUACUUUGUCAUGUGUCGAUGAAUUUUUAAAUAACUGGUCACAAGUUUAGCAUGAUUGUGUUGUAUGUUACACUUGUCUCCCUACCUCAAAGGUCAAGGUCACACUUAGAGGUUGAAGUUCAAACUAUGCCUCGUAACAGCUGUUUUGCACUGUUUCUUUGUUCCUCAUGGCGCAAUUUAAAUAUGACUUACCACCACCAUGAGAAGACUGCAUAUUCUUGUACAACCUACCUCAAAAGUCAAGGUCACACUAAGAGGUUAGUUCUAAAUCGUGGGUUGCUAUGGUUACAGAUAUAAUUUAAAAUGUGUUGUGCAUAACUAAAAAGUACUUAAACUAGGUUAAUGAAAUGGGGAUCUUUUUCUUACUCGGACAACAAAAACCUUGUUGGGGUUUGCUGUUUUGUCUGUGACAAGGCUCUUUUUGUUAUUUUGCUUGAUUUUGUAAAGAAGUGAUCUGAUGAAAAACAAUGCAAUACUUUUACUAUUUUAUGCACUUGAGUAAGAUGUGUGUUUGAGGUCAGCUUUUGUGAUCUGUUUACAUGUCAACAUGUACCUUGUUAACACUCUUGAGUCCACAUUUAUCGUCCUAUGUUUAUGAAACUUUGUAAAAACAUUUGUCACAAGUUUGUCACAACCAUGUGCCUACAUAGUACAAAUGUAUGUUUCAAGAAGUACUUUUACUCUUCUGAACUCCACAUUGUCAUACUUAAGGUUUCUAACAUUGAAAUUUGUGCUCAAUAACUUAAGCUUGUGUUGAUAUACCGCACUGAAAUUCUGACUGAAAAGUGGACCCAGCACAGUUUUGCAUAUGGAAAAACAGUUAAGAAUAUACUCCUUUUGAAAAGUUUCUUUCUUAUUUUGAUGGUGGUUAAUUUUUAGCUCGACUAUUAUAUAUGAAAUAUAUAUAGUGGAGCUAUCCUACUCACCCGGCAUCGGGGUUCCAUUCCGUGCCAUUAGCGUGCAAAUGUUAAAGUUUUAGCACUACCCCAAUUACAUGUAUUUUCAUUUUCCCCUUGACAUAUUGCUUUCAUUUUUUGCAUACUUCUUUACCAACAUGACCCCAACCUAUAAACAAGAGCAGACAACUCUAUCAAGCAUUUUGUCAUAAUUAUGGCUCCUUUUCCACUUUGAAUAUGCAGCAAAUGUUAAAGUUUUCGUACUACCCCAUUUAUUUUCAUUGUCCCUUGACAUAUUGCUUUCAUAUUUUGCAUACUUGUUUACAAACAUCACCCAACCUAUAAACAAGAGCAGACAACUCUAUCAAGCAUUUUGUCAUAAUUAUUGCCCCUGUUAUACGUAGAAUAUGCAUAUUAUUGAUAAAUCUAUGUUAAAGUUUGCGUACUACCCCAAAUAUUUCCUAUAUCCUUUGACAUGUUGCUUUUAUAUUUUGCAUACUUGUUUAAAAACAUGACCCCAACCUAUAAACAAGACCAGACCACUGUAUCAAGCAUUUUUAAAUAAUUAUGGCCCCUUUUACACUUAGAUAAUUGAACAUUUUGCUUAAAUUGCCAUAACUUCUUUGUUUAUGAUCACAUUUUAUUAUUACUUUGACAAAAUCACACUUACCUGAAUACCACAAUGGAUUCCACCCAAACAAUACCCCACGCCCCUACCCAGAAUCCCCCCCCCCCAACCUCCCCCCCUCCAAUUUUUUUUUUAAAACACCUGAUCACAAUGUGCUCAUGGUGAGCUUUUGUGAUCGCCAGAUGUGGUCUGGUAAAAUAGAUGUUUAUAGAUACAAAAAGCUCGUUGUUUUUUCAUUUUAAUUUCCCGCAAUGAUAUCUAUUCAUACGACACAUGAACACGUACAUGGUGUUCGUGUGUCGUAUGAAUAGAUAUAUUCGCGGGAAAUUAAAAAAGAAUUAAUUGUGGUCACAAAUAAAUAAAAUCGAGCAUUUUGUAUCUACAAAAAUCUAUGUAAUCAUACCACAUCCAGCGUUGAAAUUGCGGCUAUUGCUAUAAGGAACACAUUGUUUAGGUGUUAACUUUAUUUUACGAAAUACUUUACGAAAUUUUCGUUAAUUUUGAGCGUAAUAGAGACUUUAAAGCAUGUGAUAAAAAAGAUCUGACACUCGUUGUCAUAUCAUACCAUAUUUUAUUAAACUCGUCCAGGAAAUUCGUUAGUAAGCUCGCUAAAGGCUCGCUUACUAACAAACUUCCUGAACUAGUUUAAUAAAAUAUGGCAUUAUAUGACAACUCGUGCCAGAUCCAUAUAUAUGUAAGCUUAAUCUUGUAUAAUAGGCUAUGGAAAUGUAAUUACAUGCUUAUCUGUAGGCUAUUGCAUUUUAAUUACAGCCCUAUUGGUCUGAAAACUGGCACUUUUACGUACAUGCAUAUUAUUAUAGUAAUGAGAUUUAUUGAGUGUAAAGAGUAUUAUGCUUGUUCAUGUUAAUAACUUAUUUAAAUUGUCGUAAUUUAUCUGUUAUUUUGUGUAGUAACUUUUCACUGUUUAAUGCUUUUAAGAUGACGAACAAUUAAAACAUGUUCAAGAUGUAAA